ACAGCAACUUUCAACACGUCUUACGCCGGAAUCGCCUUGUCUUCAAUCACGACUACAUUGGCCAGUUUGUUGUGUUCGCGUCUUCUCUACGAGCAAAGCCUUCAAAUUAUUCUGGGUAACUCCAUAAUCGCUUUGUAACGCGUUCUUCCAGAGCGUUCUCAGCUUCGUCUGUGACUCCUUGUCAGACAACAGGUAGAAACGCCUCUCUUGUAAUCUCACAAGUUGCAACGUACAUAUCUCCCGAAGGACAUCCAAACUGUCAUCAUUCAAAGACUAGUGGAGGUCUUACUUAUUCCAAGUUGUCACCUUCGAACUGCUGCUUGGGCUCCAAACCUCUCUUCGAAUCACUACCCUGCACACCUUUAUACUUCAGGCUUCUGGGCGCCUCCCAGUCUCACAGCCAUGGUAGAUGACACGAUGGAGAUCUCCUCUGAUCACGGUCACAAUGAUGAACAGGGUGAUAUCGAUCUUGACCUGGAUCUGACUGGAGACCAUGGUGACGAGGACUUCAUACUUGAAGAUGCCACCUCCCACCUUGAUGACAUCGAAGACGAGCUCCAUCCCCAAACAUCAGUUACAGUGAACGACGAUAUAAUGCUUGACGAUGACAACGAAUCUUACCAGAUGGAGGACGCAGAGCUACUGGAAGAAGAAACCGAGCACAUUAUUGAGCAGGAGUCGAUGUCUUUCGCCACUGAUGGAGAUGCCUCGUAUAUUGGGAUGUAUGGACAAAAUGGGGAUCAGCUUCUUGCAGCUGAUACGAACGGCCUUCUCUAUGACGGAUAUGAUGCUAGGAGCGAUGAAAAGCUUGGUUUUGAUCUUCAACAACAGCCCGGGGUCGUUCUCCAAGAGGAAGAUUUUCAAGUCCAAGAUGACUCCCAUACUAAGAGUGCAGAAACCGUUGCUCAAAAUACUGCCGGUCAAGGAUCGCAAGUCUCUAGUCCAAGUCAAAGCCUUCCUCCUACAGCUCCCACCGAACCUAGAAGCCCUCCAGCCUCAAUUCUCGAGCCUGGCCCAAGUCCUCCUCACAGUACACACGAAAACAUUGACUCGGCACAGCUUCAUGAUGCGAACAAUAGCAGGUUUGAUAUCGCAUCAAUCAAUGACACACCCAGCCUCCAAACUGUGGUAGUUGUGUAUCGAGAAGUCGAGUACGCUCUAUUCUCCGCUUCAGAGCAUGAUGACCCAGAUUUAUACUUCCUGUCAGACAAGACCAUAGCUGAGAAACCCCUCAGUGAGUUCUUCAAGGCGAUUCGCGAGGUAAUCCGAAACGACCUUACCGAUGAAGAUGAGUUGUGCCUUGUUGUGGAUAGUCUUGGUCUUCAGGUUGAAGAGGUAUCCUCCUUUAUCGGUGAUGUAACCCUUUUAGAAGUACUGAGCCUACAUGCCAAGCUGGCGAAAAACGAUGGCCUUGAAAACUCGGGGGAGUGUCAUAUUGUCUUGAAGACGAGAACCAACUUCUCUCGCAGAUUUUCGACUCUCUUAGCGGGCGCUGCAGAAGGUAAAGGCUUGUCUCACUUUGCCUAUUGGGAUGACCAGAGCAUUGGUCUGGACGAUUCCGAGGACCUAGGAGAGAGCAAACAUGACCUGAAUUCGAAUGGUGCAGACCAAGAGCCCGCCGAAGCUACGGAAAACUUCCAUGAAGAGUCGCAGUACGAGAUUGCAGAAAGCGGAGAUCCUGGCCAGACUCUAGUAGCACCAGCGGAUGGGCAGAUUGAUAUGCAGAAACCAGAAAAUAAAUCCGCCAGCGAACAACAGCUUGCUUCUCCAGAGCUAACUGGCUCUGCAAACGAUCCCCUUGUCAUGACUCCGAAGACGACAGCUCUCAAGUCAACAAAAUCUGAGCAGGGGGUUGAAAGUGAUAUCGAUGAAGAUGGAGAUCUGAUCGAUUAUUCAGAUGACGAGGGUACUAAAGUCGAGGAGAAGCGAAAAGCCGCUGCACGAAACACAGAUAUUGAUGAGACAGCUACCGGUAUAUACACCGAUUUCUUUCGUUCCACAUGUUUCUUGCCCCAAACCUGUUUCUGUUCUGAAUGCCAACGACUCAUCGUAGAAGAAUUCGAACAGAGGGAUGAGCUCCUACAUCGUCGCUCCCUCGACAGGCGCCAGUCAUCCGCUGCAGCCACCCCUGAGGAGCACGACAAGGUAUCCGAAGAGAGAGCUCUUGAGCAACAGCAAUCGAACGAUGAAGGCGAGAUAAUUUCACUGGCCGACGAUGGCGCUGUUAGGCUCGGCGAUGAGACCCAAACAGUUGAGAAGGAAAUUUAUACUGACCAGAACGAAAUCGGCUAUGAGCACUUCGAGGUUAAGGACGUUGACGACAACGACUACGGCGACUUCGCCGGAAACGAUUUGAAAUGUGACCAUGAGGAAACGGAUCAUGAUACCUUCACAUUGAGCGGUGUUGCCAAAGUCGGUACAGAGAACGAUGAGAGCAAUGCUACCUUGGAGCAAUAUGAAGGAGAGUUUGAGCACCAUGAUUACGCCGAGCUGGAUCAUGAUUACGAAGCUGAACAAGGUGCUAGUCAUCUGAGUACCACUUCAGACUAUGACAAUAAUGACCUUGAAUUUGAGGUUGUCGGGUUGCCCUUCCAAGGUGAACCAGAGCAAGGCAACGAUCUCCUCGGGCUGGAUGAAAUGAAUGGACACAUCGACACCCUAGAUACUUCAAAGGCGAGCAGUCUAGAUGUUGUUGACACGGCGGAGUCAAGUGUCACAAUAGGUGCGGAUGAGAUCCAGUAUGAAGUCGGUAUGCUCGAAGGAACCACGGUGGCUGAGCCGAACAUGAGUGCUACAUUCGCGACAAGUCCUGGGGUUGCAGAGAUCGCAGAGCAGAAGGAUGAAAUUGACUAUGAAGAUGAUGACGAGGAAAUAAAGCGUUCGCUGCCAGCUCCUACCGCCGCACUCAAGGCUCCUGGAUACCAAAAUGUUAAUGGCAAGAGAUCAAUUGAAGAUGUUGAGUCCACUGACUCCCAGACUACUCUGGCCAAUGGUAUGUUCAGGUCACUGAACAAGAAACGAAGCAUCUGCUAAUACAAUUCAGAUGCUAAGCGUCCACGGUCAUGAUCUCACCCACCAUAUGGAGGCGUCGCUGCGUUCAUCUCUGACUCAGCUUCUGGUCAAUUUCAAGCAUCUCGAUCUGUGCCGGAUCUAUUGCUGCAACUGGCUCCAUCUCAACUUUCAUAUCGACAUGACCCUUUGGACACCGCUCUUGGAUGCAUGAUAUCGGAUGCUCCUACCAUUUACCCAGUCGACUCCCGAGCUCGACCUCCAUGUACGAUUACUACUAACAGUGCCUUAGGAACUCAUUUACAGUAAGUCCGACAGGUAUAAUCAUACAUUCCCCCGUUCCGCCCCUUUGCUUCUUCCCCUCCAAAAUAACAUGAUACCCGUAACACACCAGCUUCACACUUCAAGGUCCGGUUCUGGCGGUUUAGCAUAGCACGGCGUUCUUCUUCGUUAUUACUUUGCAUUCAGGUCUGGGUGUUGAAUGGCGCCUAUGAAGAAGGGUUGACGCCAAUUUCCUUACAGAGAGACUUUUAAAUAUCAUUCAGUGGACGUAGCUCAGGGGUGGAUUACUGCUUUGAUAGCAACGACUGACACUGACGAAUGUUGCUGGCUCUCUAUGAACAAGUCUGGUGUGCCUUCACGUACGUAGGAUUAGAGGGAUAUGAACGAUGUUGUAGAUGAGCAUCUCAAAAAAUACUCAAG